CGCAUAUUUGUCGUCAUCAUCCGCUCUGUUUACAAACGGGGGAUCCACGCGCUGCGACCCGAGUUUAUCCCGAGUUUAUCCCGAGUUUAGUUUCAGAUUUACCGCGGGAUCCGGAGAUGAAGCCCGCGGUGGAGGAGCUGAUGCCGAGGCUGCUGCCGGUGGAGCCGCGCGGUGAGGAUGAUGAAGAUGAAGAUUACAGCUUAAUGGAGCCGCCGAGGAACCCGAGGGAGUAUCUCAGACACGUCCAGCGGGAAGCAUCACUGUGCCCAGAAGUCGUCGUUGCCCAGAUUGAUCCAAAGAAACUGAAGAAGAACCAGUCAGUAAAUGUCUCUCUCACCGGCUGCCAGGCUGCUCCGCAGGGCUUCUCUCCCAGCCUCAGGUGGCAGCAGCAACAGGUCAGCAACUUCUCUGAAGUCAGACAGAGUGUCGCCAAACACCGGCAACACUGGAGAGCUCAGUUUUUGGAUGACAACGUCGUCAUGCCCAAACCGGACGACGAGGACGGGUGGAAGAGGUUCUGUCUUGGUGAAAACGUUAAUCUGGACAUUUCGCCCAGUGAAGGAGACACAGUGAGUCCAGGGCUGGAUUACGUUAAGAUGGGCUUUCCUCCUUUCCUCAGCAUCAUCAGCAAACUGAGCCAGUCCACCAUAUCUGCUGUGCUCGAGUACUUGAUCAGCUGGUUUGAGGAGAGAGACUUCGUUCCGCAGUUGGGUAGAUGGCUGUACGCGUUACUGGCGUGCCUUGAGAAACCGCUCCUCCCAGAAGCUCAUUCGCUCAUCCGACAGCUGGCAAGGCGAUGUUCUGCGGUGCGAGCUGACCUGGAGGACAAAGAUGACGAGAGGCUGUCGGCGCUUAAUUUGAUGAUCUGUAUAGUUGCGAGGUAUUUCGAGCAAAACGAUUUGGCUGAUAAAGAGUGAAGGAGCAGUCGGAGACGAGAGGAGAGCUUUCGUAACCGCCUUUGUUUUCUAUGCACUGAUCACUUUUACAUCGCCUUGUCUGUAGAUUUACGGCGCUCAGGAUGCUCUGGAAUUAGGAAAGCCUUUAAUGGCACUUGCUGACCAGUUUCCUCAGAGAAGCGUCAACAUCUUGGGACAGUUUAAGAUUCGCCCACCAUCGAAAUGAUGACCUUCACAACGUUACAGUGUAAAAGUACUGAUGUGUACCAAAAUAAACUCCCUUAACCCACGGA